GACCACGAAGAGCCAGAGGAGACUGACUGACGGCUCAGCUCAUGUCAUGCAGCUCUACUGGAUUCUCCCGUUGAAUUUGGAAGCUCUCUCAGUGAAUCAUGUCUUUACACUCGCACUGCUUGUGUGUUUGGUGAUCGUGGUUAGAUUACUGUUAAUGAGGAGGAGGGGAAUGCGAACUAUGGAGUCUUUUCCAGGACCACCUGCACACUGGCUCUUCGGACACGUCAAGGAGUUUCAGCAGGAUGGACAUGAUUUGGAAAAGAUUAUGAGGUGGUGUAAACAGUAUCCGUUUGCUUUUCCACUGUGGUUUGGCCCGUCACUGUCCAUUUUGAAUAUCCACCACCCAUCAUAUGUGAAGACCAUUCUCACCACAACAGAACCCAAAGAUGACUAUGCAUAUAAGUUUUUCAUCCCUUGGUUAGGCGAUGGCUUGCUUGUGUCUGCUGGACAGAAAUGGUUUCGGCACAGACGACUCCUCACUCCUGGUUUCCAUUAUGAUGUUUUGAAGCCUUAUGUGAAACUUAUUUCUGAUUCAACUGAAGUCAUGCUUGAUAAGUGGGAAGGUUAUGCCAAAUCAGAAGAGUCAUUUGAACUGUUUAAGCAUGUAAGUCUCAUGACCCUGGACAGCAUUAUGAAAUGUGCGUUCAGCUGUAACAGCAACUGUCAGACAGACAGUGGAACCAACCCGUACACCCAGGCAGUGUUUGACCUCUGCAACCUGGUGAACCUCAGGUUCAGAGUUUUUCCGUACCACAACAAGGCCAUAUUUCAUCUCAGUCCACAUGGAUACAAAUUCAGGAAGGCAGCUGGCAUAGCACACAAUCAUACAGCGGAUGUUAUCAGAAAGAGGAAGGAAGUCUUGAAGAUUGAGAAGGAACAGGGCAUUGUUAAAAACAGACGAUAUUUGGACUUUUUGGAUAUUCUUCUGUCUGCCCGAGACGAGUAUCAGCAGGGUUUGUCAGAUGAGGAUAUCAGGGCUGAAGUGGACACGUUCAUGUUUGAAGGCCAUGACACUACAGCCAGUGGAAUAUCUUGGAUCUUCUACAAUCUGGCAUGUAACCCUGAGCACCAGGAGAAAUGCAGGGAGGAGAUCUUACAAGCUCUGGAUGGAAAAGACACGCUGGAGUGGGAAGACCUCAAUAAAAUUCCUUAUACCACAAUGUGUAUUAAAGAAUCUCUGCGGCUUUGCCCUCCUGUGCCGGGGAUAUCACGAAAGUUAACUAAACCCAUGACUUUCUUUGAUGGACGGACUGUACCUGAAGGUUGUACCAUUGGAGUUAGCAUUUAUGGGAUCCACUUGAAUGCCACAGUGUGGGAGAAUCCAUAUGUAUUUGAUCCAUUGAGAUUUCUGCCGGAGAACACUGCUAAGCGGUCACCUCAUGCUUUUGUGCCCUUCUCUGCUGGACCCAGAAACUGCAUUGGACAGAACUUUGCCAUGAAUGAGAUGAAAGUAGCAGUGGCGCUGACCCUGAAGAAAUAUCGCCUCAUUAAAGACCCCAAACACACCCCGAAGAUGAUCCCUCAAGUAGUGCUCAGAUCACUCAACGGCAUUCACAUCAAGAUCAAAUUAGUGGACAAUGAUUCAUGAAAAG